CUCCAAUUUGCCGGUCUUCUUGACCAGCACCAUAUAAAAAUAAUUCAAAUCACGAAAUAAAUUUUAUUUUUCUCUCUUUCUCUCUUUAAUUAUAAUCAUGGCUGAAUUAACUGAACAAGAAAAGCUCGAACGUCGUAGACAAAAGCGUCAACAACGUAUUUUACAAUCGGGUGAAAGUCGUCUUGGUAAAAUUACCGGUACCGCCUUUCCAAACAGAAAUACACCUUCACCAUCACCUUCACCUUCUACUUCCUCGAUGAACACACCUUCUGCCUCCAUAAAGACACCUCAGCCUACCUUUCGUACCCAACGUAGAGACAGUGACGAUCCCAGUGAAGAAUUAGGUGCUCCCGAACCCAUUUUUCACCACCAGCAGCAACAACAACAACAACAACAGGACAUGUCACAAGACAUGAACGCCAUGAUGAACCAAACAUUCGCAAGCAUGUUUGGUGGUGUGGCUGGUAUACCAGGCAGUGAAGGAAGUUUUAAUCCAGCUGCUCUAUUAGGUGCUAUGGGUGGUGCAGGUGGAGGAAACAAUGAGGCAUUUCAAAAUCUUCUUUCAUCCAACGGUAACGAAGGUGCUUUUGAUCCUUCUGCCAUGUUUGGCGCACAACAAAUGGCUGUGGACACUUCUACAAGAUAUUGGGGUUUAUUACAUUUAGUGAGUAUGAUCAUGUUGGGUGUAUAUGCCGUUUAUUUCGAAUGGACAAAGGCAGGUGCCGAUAGAUUUGCUCAUUUAUUAUACAGCAAUGUGGGUGUAGCCAAUUAUCCCGCUGUUCAUGUGCCUCUGUUUUGGUAUUUUGUGACGCUUGAGUUAUGUAUGCAAUCAGCGCGAUUAUUCUAUCAAAAGGGUACAAUGCCACCCACAUCCACUUUAGCCUCCAUGGCUACCCAAUUGCCUUACCCCUUUGGCAAUAUUGUCACCAUAUUUUUACGUUAUCGCUUGAUUUGGUCCUGUCUUGUACAAGAUAUCUGUGUGCUUGUUUUCAUCAUUGGUCUCUCUCAAGUCUUUUCUAAUCUUAUCUAAUAAUGUAAUUAUUUUUAGACUUUCUGUCUUCAUAUAUUUGUUUGUAAUAAUAUGCUGUUUAAGAGGGAUUUUGAAGUGUUAUAAAGCUCGUUUGUGUAUAUAAAGG